GCUGCCCGGUCCGCGCCCCGCCGGCGCCUCUGCGCGCUCUCACUCACUCCCAGCCCAGAGCUGCGGCCACGCAGGUCCCACCCGCGCCCAGGGGCCGGAGAUGCAGCCGGGCGCCCCUUUGAGCCUGCGCCUGUGGCUCUGCCUCGGACUCCUCCACGACCUGGCAAAUGGCUACUCCAUGACCCCUCCAACCCUGAACAUCACAGAGGACUCAUAUGUCAUUGACACCGGGGACAGCCUAUCGAUAUCCUGCAGGGGGCAGCACCCCCUUGAGUGGACCUGGCCAGGGGCCCAAGAGGUACUGACCACAGGUGGGAAGGACGGUGAGGAUACACAGGUUGUGCAAGACUGUGAAGGCACAGAAGCUAGGCCCUACUGCAAGGUGCUGCUGCUGGCCCAGACUCACGCCAACAACACGGGCAGCUAUCACUGCUAUUACAAGUACAUCAAGGCCAGAAUUGAGGGCACCACAGCUGCCAGCGCCUAUGUGUUCGUAAGAGACUUUGAACAGCCCUUCAUCAACAAACCUGACACGCUCCUGGUCAACAGGAAAGACUCGAUGUGGGUGCCCUGCUUGGUGUCCAUCCCCGGCCUCAACGUCACACUGCGCUCGCAAAGCUCAGUGCUGCACCCUGAUGGGCAGGAGGUGUUGUGGGAUGACCGCCGGGGCAUGCGGGUACCCACACUACUGCUGCGUGAAGCUCUGUACCUGCAGUGCGAGACCACGUGGGGUGGCCAGGACUUCCUUUCCAAUCCCUUCCUGGUGCACAUCACAGGCAAUGAGCUCUAUGACAUCCAGCUGUCCCCCAAGAAGUCACUGGAGCUGUUGGUUGGAGAGAAGCUGAUUUUGAACUGUACGGUGUGGGCUGAGUUCAACUCGGGUGUCACCUUCGACUGGGAUUAUCCAGGGAAGCAGGCAGAGCGGGGUAAGUGGGUACCUGAGCGGCGUUCCCAGCAGACUCACACAGAACUCUCCAGCAUCCUGACCAUCCACAAUGUCAGCCAGCAUGACCUGGGUCCCUAUGUGUGUGAGGCCAACAAUGGCAUUCAGCGGUUUCGGGAAAGCACAGAGGUCAUUGUGCAUGAAAAGCCUUUCAUCAGUGUCGAUUGGCUCAAAGGACCCAUCCUGGAAGCCACCGCUGGUGACGAGCUGGUGAAGCUGCCUGUGAAGCUGGCAGCAUAUCCCCCACCAGAGUUCCAAUGGUACAAGGACAGAAAGGCAGUGACUGGACGCCACAAUCCACACGCUCUGGUGCUCAAAGAGGUGACCGAGGCCAGUGCCGGCAUCUACACUCUCGCCCUGUGGAACUCUGCAGCUGGUCUGAGGCAAAACAUCAGCCUGGAGCUGGUGGUGAAUGUGCCUCCCCACAUCCAUGAAAAGGAAGCCUCCUCACCCAGCAUCUACUCCCGCCACAGCCGCCAGACCCUCACCUGCACCGCCUAUGGGAUACCCCAGCCUCUCAGUGUCCAGUGGCACUGGAGGCCCUGGACACCGUGCAAGACAUUUGCCCAGCGCAGCCUCCGAAGGAGGCAGCAGCGGGAUCGUAUGCCACAGUGCCGAGACUGGAGGGAGGUGAUAACUCAGGAUGCUGUGAACCCCAUUGAAAGCCUGGACACCUGGACCGAGUUUGUGGAGGGGAAGAAUAAGACGGUGAGCAAGCUGGUCAUCCAGGAUGCCAACGUGUCAGCCAUGUACAAGUGUGUUGUCUUCAACAAAGUGGGCCAGGACGAACGUCUCAUCUACUUCUAUGUGACCACCAUCCCGGACGGCUUCAGUAUCGAAUCAAAGCCUUCCGAGGAUCCCUUAGAAGGCCAGUCCGUGCGUCUCAGCUGCCGGGCAGACAACUACACUUACGAGCAUCUGCGCUGGUACCGGCUCAACCUCUCUACACUACACGAUGCUCAAGGGAACCCUCUACUGCUCGACUGCAAGAACGUGCACCUGUAUGCCACGCCCCUAGCGGCCAACUUAGAGGAGGCGGAGCCUGGGGCCCGCCACGCCACCCUCAGCUUGAAUAUCCCCCGAGUGGCGCCCGAGCACGAGGGUGACUACGUGUGUGAGGUGCAGGAUAGACGCAGCCAGGACAAGCACUGCCACAAGAAGUACCUGUCCGUGCAGGCCCUGGAAGCCCCUCGGCUCACGCAGAAUUUGACAGACCUCCUGGUGAACGUGAGCGACUCUCUGGAGAUGCGAUGCCCGGUGGCUGGAGCCCAUGUGCCCAGUAUUGUGUGGUACAAAGAUGAAAGACUCCUGGAGAAAGAGUCUGGAAUCGACCUGGCAGACUCGAAUCAGAGGUUGAGCAUUCAGCGCGUGCGCGAGGAGGAUGCAGGCCGUUAUCUGUGCAGUGUGUGCAAUGCUAAAGGCUGUGUGAAUUCCUCUGCCAGUGUGGCAGUGGAAGGCUCCGAAGAUAAAGGCAGCAUGGAGAUUGUGAUACUCAUUGGCACUGGCGUCAUCGCUGUCUUCUUCUGGGUCCUCCUCCUCCUCAUCUUCUGUAACAUGAAAAGGCCUGCCCACGCAGACAUCAAGACGGGCUACCUGUCCAUCAUCAUGGACCCCGGGGAGGUGCCUUUGGAGGAGCAGUGUGAAUACCUGUCCUAUGACGCCAGCCAGUGGGAGUUCCCCAGGGAAAGGUUACACCUCGGGAGAGUGCUAGGCCAUGGGGCUUUCGGGAAGGUGGUGGAAGCCUCAGCUUUUGGCAUCAAUAAAGGCAGCAGCUGUGACACCGUGGCCGUGAAGAUGCUGAAAGAGGGCGCUACUGCCAGCGAGCAUCGUGCUCUGAUGUCAGAGCUCAAGAUCCUAAUUCACAUCGGUAACCACCUCAAUGUGGUCAACCUCCUGGGGGCGUGCACCAAGCCCAACGGCCCUCUGAUGGUAAUCGUGGAAUUUUGCAAGUACGGCAACCUCUCCAACUUCUUGCGAGCCAAACGGGAGGCAUUCAGCCCCUACGCGGAGAAAUCUCCCGAACAACGCAGGCGCUUCCGUGCGAUGGUAGAAAGCGCCAAGGCUGACCGGAAGAGACCUGGAAGCAGCGACAGGGCCCUGUUCACCCGGCUCCUGAUGGGCAAGGGAGGUGCACGGAGGGCCCCCCUUGUCCAAGAAGUUGAGGACCUAUGGCUGAGCCCACUGACCAUGGAAGACCUUGUCUGCUACAGUUUCCAGGUGGCCCGAGGAAUGGAAUUCCUGGCUUCCCGCAAGUGCAUCCACAGAGACCUGGCUGCUCGGAACAUCUUACUGUCAGACAGUGACAUAGUGAAGAUUUGUGACUUUGGUCUUGCCCGGGACAUCUACAAAGACCCUGACUAUGUCCGAAAGGGCAGUGCUCGACUGCCUCUGAAAUGGAUGGCCCCUGAAAGCAUCUUUGAUAAGGUGUACACCACGCAGAGCGAUGUGUGGUCCUUUGGAGUGUUGCUGUGGGAGAUUUUCUCCCUGGGGGCUUCUCCAUACCCUGGGGUGCAGAUCAACGAGGAGUUCUGCCAGCGGCUGAAGGAUGGUACUCGAAUGAGGGCCCCAGAGCUAGCAAGUCCUGCCAUACGCCACGUCAUGCAGAGUUGCUGGUCUGGAGACCCUAAAGCGAGGCCUGCUUUCUCUGAGCUAGUGGAGAUCCUGGGAGACCUGCUUCAGGGUGGAGGCUGGCAGGAGGAGGAAGAGGAGCGCAUGGCCCUGCACAGCUCUCAGAGCUCAGAGGAGGGUGGCUUCAUGCAGACGUCCACCACAGCGCUGCAUAUCACCGAAGCUGACGCUGAGAGUAGCCCACCCAGUGUGCAUUGCCACAGCCUGGCAGCCAGAUAUUACAAUUGUGUGUCCUUUCCCGGGUGCCUGACCAGAGGGACUCAGACUCCAGGUUCCUCCAGGAUGAAGACAUUUGAAGAAUUCCCCAUGACCCCUACAACCUACAAAGCCUCCGUGGAUAACCAGACAGACAGUGGGAUGGUGCUGGCCUCGGAGGAGUUUGAGCAGAUAGAGAGCAGCCAUAGACAAGAAGGCAGCUUCAGCUGUAAAGGUCCUGGCCAGCACAUGGAUAUUCCCAGAGGACACUCUGACCCCCAGGGGAGGCGUCGGCGACCCACCCAAGGGGCGCAAGGAGGCAAGGUGUUUUACAACAGCGAGUAUGGGGAGGUUUCCCAGCCAUGUAAAGAAGGCGACUGCUCCCCGUCUGCUGGCUCCCCCUUCUUCACAGACAGCAGCUACUAAGGAAACACUCGGCAAGGCCUCCUACCCCUUGCUGAAACCAAGCUCUGACAGCUGGGCAGGAAGGACACCCUCAUCAGGGCAAGGCUGGAGGCCGGGGCUGGGAAUUCAUCUCUGGCUGCAGCCCUGGAGGAGUUUUCCAUUCCCCUCCACAGCCUCCCUAGCCAGAAGGAGUCAAACUUGGACGGAAGGGCUCCCUUGCACUCUGUCUGCACUGUUCCUGUGCCCUUCAUCUGGCAGUCAUCCUCACCCUCACAUUCAGUUGCCUGGUAAUAGCGUUCACAGAUGCUGGACCUCAAAUAAGCACCCUGGCAGAGAGCCCUUCUCCAGCACCUACUCUUGUCACCCUAGUGGGUGACAGGUAAAGUUAGCCCACAGCCUCCAUGUCCUUCCCAAACACAAUCCCAUCCACUUGAAGUCCCCCACUUCUGUCUUCCUGCCUCUUUCUCCUGGCCCUCUGGGGCUGAAGAAAGAGAGGUCUUUCUGCAUCUGUCUCAAAGCCCGGAAGUGGGAAUGGAGGAGGGGGGUCCUCUAAACACCUAACUAGCUCCUGGCAGCUGUUUGUAUGCAACAACAAAUCACGGUGAAGCAGCUCCUCCCCAGGUGUUGAGAAGAUCCAUUUUUUACCAAAAGAUUAGGCACUGCUGUGAAGAAUUUGCUCAUCAGAGUCAGUGGGAAAGAAGCCCAAGGACAGCCCUUCUGAAUCUCAUUCCCCAACAUCUGAAGGGUGGUCACAGCACACCAGCCACUAAAGCCCCAGGUCUCUCUCUUGAAGGCUCCCAGGCUCCGCAUGCAUGGCCUAGAACCUGAGAAACCAGCUGGUGUUCUGGUCCUUCCUUGCUUGGGAAUUUCCUCGAGAGCCAGGAUCUGUGGAUUCUGUCAAGAGAAGGCUUCUGGGGCUGGUACAGAGGACAUACGGCCUGGGGUCAUUCAUCCAUCAUUCUGUGUCCACAGGCUGCUUGGAAGCCCCUGCUUUCUGCUAACCCUAUACUUAUACCUGAAACUGACACCUGAAUAAAUUAAACCUUUGUCCUGAGAGACCGCUCCAUGGAAGCUGGGGCCUUCCUGCCCAGAACCUCUCCAGCCCAGGUCACAAUGCCCAACCAUCACUAUCAGAAGAAAGCUGCACAAAGAUGAGUCCCAUCAACCCCCCAGCCCCACCCCUCAACAAGAACGCUUGCAGGACAGGCGACCAGACAGCAAGCAGGGGCUUGCUCAGCAGACCCACCCCACUAAGUGUAUUGUUCUUCUAUGAUACGUUGAAUGCAUGUAUGACUCUAGUCCUCUUUGUUCCCUGUGGCCCUCCACCACCCCCAUUCCUCCGCAUCUAACCUGACUGUGGGACUGAGUCUCAAGCUCCCCUCGUAGAAGCAGAGAAACUGUUCUCGCGGAGGACCAAAGGCUGCAAUGGGGGCGCAGAGCCCUCCUCAACCUCCCCCACGUGUGUAUCACCUGUCUGUGUCACCUCUCCUGACUUGUAACUACACACAUACAAAAUGUACUGGGGAAGACAAGCAUACUCUACCCUUUUAGGCAGUGUUCUCUGAAAUGAUCUAAGGUAUUUAACGAAAGAUAAUAAUAAAUUUGAUGCCAGUCUUUGAGGUAUAAUGAAUGGAUUAUAAAUAA